CACUCACUCUUCCCUGAUCCCUCUCCUUCUCUCUCUCUCUCCUGCUCCCUCAACUACGACGGCGAGGGGAUAGACGAGGCUUCAACCACGGUGGAGGUUGACGGGGCUGACAGAGGCUCAGCGGGACUGCCGGAGGCUCGACGACGUGGACUCGGAGACUCGUUGGUGCAGGUAAAGAUCUCUCUCUCUCUCGUUCUGUUGGUGGGUGAAAGAUUAAUAUUAAUAUAUAAUAAUAAUAUUACACGAUUCAACAAUGGCGGAGAUCACAUGCGAGUGCGACAAUGUCCCACCUUCUAAAUACCAGUGCCAAGCUCUACUUUGCCCCCAGAGCCCAUUUCUUUACCUCUUCUUCUAGCUUUGCUCGUAACCCUUUUCUCUGAAUCCCUUCUUCCAUUCCAAAGCCCCUUUCUCCUCUCGUUGCUAGGGUCUCUCUUUCUUCUAAAGCUUCCAAUCCCACCAUGGGAGACUCUGCCGAUGCUGGAAUGGACGCUGUCCAGAGACGCCUUAUGUUUGAGGACGAAUGCAUUCUAGUGGAUGAGAAUGACCGGGUUGUUGGUCAUGAUACAAAAUAUAAUUGUCACUUGAUGGAAAAGAUUGAAAAGGAAAAUUUGCUGCACAGGGCUUUCAGUGUGUUUUUGUUCAACUCGAAAUACGAGUUGCUUCUUCAGGUAUUUCUUACAAUAUUUGAGGGACAUUAAGCUAUAUGAUUUGCC